AUGACAAAGGUUAUGGAAGUUACGUCCCAGAAUGGGUCGUUAGGGGAGGAUAUCAUCGAGGAAAAUGUCAAUGGCUGCAAGGAGUCGUUGGGGUCAGGAAGUGUAGUGGAUGAGGUAUGUAGCGGGGUGGAAGAAGAAAGACCAAGCUUGACACAUCCUAUGGAGUCACGUGUUGUAAGGAAAAUGGACAUGUACUUGAUUCCAUUGCUAUGCUUGUUGUACUUCUUGUCUAAUUUGGACAAGUCUAACAUUGGUAAUGCGGAGGUGGCUGGUCUAUCGAAGUCAUUGGGUCUUGUGGGGAACCAGUAUGGUAAUUGUGUGACAGUUUUCUUUGCGACGUAUAUUUUCUUUGAUCCGAUUGGAGCGAACUUGUUGAAGGUUAUUGGGCCCAAGUACAUGAUGAGCGGGUGUCUAUUGUGUUUUGGGGCUAUUUCUUUGGGUACUGCGUGGGUGAAGGAUUACGGGCAUUUGUUGUUGGUGAGAAUUUUGCUUGGAGCGUUCGAGGCGACGAUUUACCCAUCGAUCAACAUGUAUUUGUCGAUGUGCUACCGUCGUGAGCAGUAUGCGAUUCGGUUUGCGUGGGUGUUUUUCGCGGCGUGUAUCUCAUCGUCUUUUGGUGGGCUAAUUUCGUAUGCUUGUUCGAAGAUCAAUGGGUCAUUGGCGGCGUGGCAGUACAUUUACAUUGUGGAAGGUUCCAUUUCCAUUGGGGUGGUUCCAUUGUACGUGUUUGGGCUAGCGAACAAUCUCGAGGAUUCGUGGUUCUGGACGCCAGAAGAGCGCAAGUAUAUCGUGGAACGGUAUCAGACCAUGUCCACUUUUAACCCAGAGGAUAAGUUCAACUGGGAACAGGUGUGGCUUGCGGUUAAGGACAUAAAAACGUGGGUGUCUGCAGUGGCAUUGUUCGGUAUCGAUAUGUCUUCAUUCGGAUUGACGGUGUUCAUGCCAAUUAUCAUUACUUCAAUGGGGUUCACCCAUGUUAAUGCCCAGUUGAUGACUGUGCCAAUUUAUUUCUUGACAGCAGUCACGUUCUUCAUUUGCGCUUAUAUAUCGGACAAGAUCAGAAUCAGGUCUCCUUUCAUCUUCGGUUCGUGUAUCAGUUGUGCAGUUGGACUUGCCAUUGUGCUUGGAAGCGAGAAACACGGUGUCAGAUUAUUUGGUGUGUUUGUCACAGCUUUAGGCAUCUACGUGAACGCUUCCAUGAAUUGUUUGUGGUUGAGUGGGAAUAACGGUAACUAUUUCAAGAGAGCCACGGCAUUGGGUAUCAACUUGUUUGUUGGAUCCUCAUCGGGUCUUGUAUCGGGUCAAAUCUUCGUCGCUAAGGACAAACCAAAAUAUACCAAGGGUUUGUCAACUUGUCUUGGAUUGCAAAUAAUGGCGGCUGGGCUAACUGUAGUACAGUUCUUAAUGUAUCGUCGUCUAAACAAGAAGAAGGAAGCGUUAAUCAAACAUUGCGAAGAACAUGACGAGCCAAUACCUUAUGACGAGCGUUUGUCUGAUAUGAACCCUCAAUUCAAGUAUAUGUACUGA